AGGAACAGCUCCUGCCAGAACGGUGCUCGGCGCGGAGCGGCCCGGAGCGGCGGAGCCUCUUCCUGCCUCCGCGCCUCCGGAGUUGCGGGAGCUUCUGGACGGAGCGGAGCCGAGCCGAGCCGGGGCCUCGAGUCUGGCCUGAGCAGCGAGGCUCUUCUGCACCCACGGGCCCUCCUGGUCUGGGGUCCGUCGCUGCCCUCGCCCCUCCUCUCUGCCUCUCCUCGCGCCGCCUCCCUCGGGUGAUUUUUUCAAACGGUGCAGCCGCCAGAGGUGCGGGGCUAAAUUCUUGGAAGGGGCCCGGAUGUACUGAGGAUGCAUUGCAAUUUCACUCAAGGAGGCAGCAGUGGAAAGGAGCAGUUUUUGGUGUUUGAUGCAAUAAUGGGAAUCAGGUAAUCGUCAGGAGGGAAGAAGAAACACCGCAGGUCCACAGCUUCCUUGAAUUUUGCACGAAAGCCGCCAGCCUCGGAGGAGGGAUUCAUCCAGACCCGCGGAGGAGGGUGUUUUGACAUUUCUGCCUCUUUGUGGCUUCUUCGCUUUUUAAAAACAAUUUUUUGGUGGAUGGUCAAUGAAAACACGAGGAUGUACAUCCCAGAGGAAAACCACCAAGGUUCCAACUAUGGGAGCCCACGCCCAGCUCAUGCCAACAUGAAUGCCAACGCAGCGGCAGGGCUUGCCCCCGAGCACAUCCCCACUCCAGGGGCAGCCCUGUCCUGGCAGGCGGCCAUUGAUGCGGCCCGGCAGGCUAAGUUGAUGGGAAGUGCUGGCAACGCGACCAUCUCCACAGUCAGCUCCACCCAGCGGAAGCGGCAGCAGUACGGAAAACCCAAGAAGCAGGGCAGCACCACUGCCACACGCCCACCUCGCGCCCUGCUCUGCCUGACUCUGAAGAACCCCAUCCGGAGGGCAUGCAUCAGCAUUGUCGAAUGGAAACCAUUUGAAAUAAUUAUUUUACUGACUAUUUUUGCCAAUUGUGUGGCCUUAGCGAUCUAUAUUCCCUUUCCAGAAGAUGACUCCAACGCCACCAAUUCCAACCUGGAACGAGUGGAGUAUCUCUUUCUCAUCAUUUUUACUGUGGAAGCAUUUUUAAAAGUAAUAGCCCAUGGACUUCUCUUUCACCCUAACGCUUACCUCCGCAACGGGUGGAAUUUACUAGAUUUUAUAAUUGUGGUUGUAGGGCUUUUUAGUGCAAUUUUAGAACAAGCAACCAAAGCUGACGGGGCAAACGCUCUAGGAGGGAAAGGGGCUGGAUUUGAUGUGAAGGCGCUGAGGGCAUUCCGCGUGCUGCGCCCCUUGCGGCUGGUGUCUGGAGUUCCGAGUCUCCAGGUGGUUCUGAAUUCCAUCAUUAAGGCCAUGGUUCCCCUGCUGCACAUCGCCCUGCUAGUGCUGUUUGUCAUCAUUAUCUAUGCUAUCAUUGGCCUGGAACUCUUCAUGGGGAAGAUGCAUAAGACCUGCUACAACCAGGAGGGCAUAGCAGAUGUUCCAGCAGAAGAUGAUCCCUCCCCUUGUGCUCUGGAGACAGGACAUGGAAGGCAGUGUCAGAACGGCACUGUGUGCAAGCCUGGGUGGGAUGGGCCCAGGCAUGGCAUCACCAACUUCGACAACUUUGCCUUCGCCAUGCUCACGGUGUUCCAGUGCAUCACCAUGGAAGGCUGGACAGACGUGCUAUACUGGGUCAAUGAUGCCGUAGGAAGGGACUGGCCCUGGAUCUAUUUUGUUACACUAAUCAUCAUAGGGUCAUUUUUUGUACUUAACUUGGUUCUCGGUGUCCUUAGCGGAGAGUUCUCCAAAGAGAGGGAGAAGGCCAAGGCUCGGGGGGAUUUCCAAAAACUGCGAGAGAAGCAACAACUGGAAGAGGACCUGAAAGGCUACCUGGACUGGAUCACACAGGCGGAAGACAUUGACCCUGAGAAUGAGGACGAAGGCAUGGAUGAGGAGAAACCCCGAAACAUGAGCAUGCCCACAAGCGAGACGGAGUCUGUCAACACUGAGAACGUGGCUGGCGGUGACAUCGAGGGAGAAAGCUGUGGGGCCAGGCUGGCCCACCGGAUCUCCAAGUCGAAGUUCAGUCGCUACUGGCGCCGGUGGAAUCGGUUCUGCAGAAGGAAGUGUCGUGCCGCGGUCAAGUCCAAUGUCUUCUACUGGCUGGUGAUUUUCCUGGUGUUCCUCAACACGCUCACCAUUGCCUCAGAGCAUUACAACCAGCCGCACUGGCUCACAGAAGUCCAAGACACGGCCAACAAGGCACUUCUGGCCCUGUUCACCGCGGAGAUGCUGCUGAAGAUGUACAGCCUGGGCCUGCAGGCCUACUUCGUGUCCCUCUUCAACCGCUUCGACUGCUUCAUCGUGUGCGGGGGCAUCCUGGAGACCAUCCUGGUGGAGACCAAGGUCAUGUCCCCGUUGGGCAUCUCUGUGCUGAGAUGUGUUCGGCUCCUGAGGAUAUUUAAAAUCACCAGGUACUGGAACUCCUUAAGCAACCUGGUGGCAUCCUUGCUGAACUCCGUGCGCUCCAUCGCCUCCCUGCUCCUACUGCUCUUCCUCUUCAUCAUCAUCUUCUCCCUGCUGGGGAUGCAGCUCUUUGGAGGAAAGUUCAACUUUGAUGAGAUGCAGACUCGGAGGAGCACGUUUGAUAACUUUCCCCAGUCCCUCCUCACCGUGUUUCAGAUCCUGACCGGGGAGGACUGGAAUUCGGUGAUGUAUGAUGGGAUCAUGGCUUAUGGCGGCCCCUCUUUUCCAGGGAUGUUAGUCUGUAUUUACUUCAUCAUCCUCUUCAUCUGUGGAAACUAUAUCCUACUGAAUGUGUUCUUGGCCAUUGCUGUGGACAACCUGGCUGAUGCUGAGAGCCUCACAUCUGCCCAGAAGGAGGAAGAAGAAGAGAAGGAGAGAAAGAAGCUGGCCAGGACUGCCAGCCCAGAGAAGAAACAGGAGGUGGUGGAGAAGCCAGCAGUGGAGGAGACCAAGGAGGAGAAAAUUGAGCUGAAAUCCAUUACAGCUGACGGAGAGUCCCCACCCACCACCAAGAUCAAUGUGGAUGACUUCCAGCCCAAUGAAAAUGAGGACAAGGGUGUCUACCCAAACCCGGAAGCCACAGGAGAGGAGGAUGAGGAGGAGCCUGAGAUGCCCGUGGGCCCACGGCCACGCCCACUCUCGGAGCUGCACCUGAAGGAAAAGGCGGAGCCCGUGCCUGAAGCCAGUGCAUUUUUCAUCUUCAGCCCCAACAACAGGUUUCGCCUCCAGUGCCACCGCAUUGUCAAUGACUCCAUCUUCACCAACCUCAUCCUCUUCUUCAUCCUGCUCAGCAGCAUCUCCCUGGCUGCGGAGGACCCGGUCCAGCACACCUCCUUCAGGAACCAUAUUCUGUUUUAUUUUGAUAUUGUUUUUACUACCAUUUUCACCAUUGAAAUUGCUCUGAAGAUCCUAGGCAAUGCAGACUAUGUCUUCACUAGUAUCUUUACAUUAGAAAUUAUCCUUAAGAUGACUGCUUAUGGGGCUUUCUUACACAAGGGCUCCUUUUGCCGGAACUACUUCAACAUCUUGGACCUGCUAGUGGUCAGCGUGUCCCUCAUCUCCUUUGGCAUCCAGUCCAGUGCAAUCAAUGUUGUAAAAAUCUUGCGAGUUCUACGUGUACUCAGACCCCUGAGAGCCAUCAACCGAGCCAAGGGGCUAAAGCAUGUGGUCCAGUGUGUGUUCGUGGCCAUCCGCACCAUCGGGAACAUCGUGAUUGUCACCACGCUGCUGCAGUUCAUGUUCGCCUGCAUUGGGGUCCAGCUCUUCAAGGGAAAGCUCUACACCUGUUCAGACAGUUCCAAGCAGACUGAGGCGGAAUGCAAGGGAAACUACAUCACAUACAAGGACGGCGAGGUUGACCACCCCAUCAUCCAGCCCCGCAACUGGGAGAACAGCAAGUUUGACUUUGACAAUGUCUUGGCAGCCAUGAUGGCUCUCUUCACUGUCUCCACCUUUGAGGGGUGGCCAGAGCUGCUGUACCGCUCCAUCGACUCCCACACGGAAGACAAGGGCCCCAUAUACAACUACCGCGUGGAGAUUUCUAUCUUCUUCAUCAUCUACAUCAUCAUCAUUGCCUUCUUCAUGAUGAACAUCUUCGUGGGUUUCGUCAUCGUCACAUUCCAGGAGCAGGGAGAGCAGGAGUACAAGAACUGUGAGCUGGACAAGAACCAGCGUCAGUGUGUAGAAUAUGCCCUCAAAGCCCGGCCCCUGCGGAGGUACAUACCCAAGAACCAGCACCAGUACAAAGUGUGGUAUGUGGUCAACUCCACCUACUUUGAGUACCUGAUGUUCAUCCUCAUCCUGCUCAACACCAUCUGCUUGGCCAUGCAGCACUACGGUCAGAGCUGCCUGUUUAAAGUCGCCAUGAACAUCCUCAACAUGCUCUUCACCGGCCUCUUCACUGUAGAGAUGAUUCUGAAGCUCAUUGCCUUUAAACCCAAGGGUUACUUUAGUGAUCCCUGGAAUGUUUUUGACUUCCUCAUCGUAAUUGGCAGCAUAAUUGACGUCAUUCUCAGUGAAACUAAUCACUAUUUCUGUGAUGCAUGGAAUACGUUUGACGCCUUGAUUGUUGUGGGUAGCAUUGUUGAUAUAGCAAUCACCGAGGUAAACCCAUCUGAACAUAGCCAAUGCUCUCCCCUUAUGAAUGCAGAGGAGAACUCCCGCAUCUCCAUCACCUUCUUCCGCCUCUUCCGGGUCAUGCGCCUGGUGAAGCUGCUGAGCCGCGGGGAGGGCAUCCGGACGCUGCUGUGGACCUUCAUCAAGUCCUUCCAGGCCCUGCCCUACGUGGCCCUUCUGAUCGUGAUGCUGUUCUUCAUCUAUGCCGUGAUUGGGAUGCAGGUGUUUGGGAAAAUUGCCUUGAAUGACACUACAGAGAUCAACCGGAACAACAACUUUCAGACCUUCCCCCAAGCCGUGCUGCUGCUCUUCAGGUGCGCCACUGGGGAGGCAUGGCAGGACAUCAUGCUGGCCUGCAUGCCAGGGAAGAAGUGCGCCCCCGAGUCCGAGCCCCACAACAGCACGGAAGGGGAGGCGCCCUGUGGCAGCAGCUUCGCCGUCUUCUACUUCAUCAGCUUCUACAUGCUCUGUGCCUUCCUGAUUAUCAACCUCUUUGUAGCUGUCAUCAUGGACAACUUUGACUACCUGACAAGGGACUGGUCAAUCCUUGGUCCCCACCAUUUGGACGAAUUUAAAAGAAUCUGGGCAGAAUAUGACCCCGAAGCCAAGGGUCGUAUCAAACACCUGGAUGUGGUGACCCUGCUCCGGCGGAUUCAGCCCCCACUGGGUUUUGGGAAGCUGUGCCCUCACCGUGUGGCUUGCAAACGUCUGGUCUCCAUGAAUAUGCCUCUGAACAGUGAUGGGACGGUCAUGUUCAAUGCCACCCUAUUUGCCCUGGUUCGGACAGCCCUGAGGAUCAAAACAGAAGGAAACCUGGAACAAGCCAAUGAGGAGCUGCGGGCCAUAAUCAAAAAGAUCUGGAAGCGAACCAGCAUGAAGCUGCUGGACCAAGUGGUGCCCCCCGCGGGUGAUGAUGAGGUCACAGUCGGCAAGUUUUAUGCUACUUUCCUGAUCCAAGAGUACUUCAGGAAAUUCAAGAAGCGCAAAGAGCAAGGCCUCGUGGGCAAGCCCUCCCAGAGGAACGCCUUGUCCCUACAGGCUGGCUUGCGCACGCUGCACGACAUCGGGCCCGAGAUCCGACGGGCCAUCUCCGGAGACCUGACAGCCGAGGAGGAACUAGACAAAGCCAUGAAGGAGGCUGUGUCUGCCGCCUCUGAGGACGACAUCUUCAGGAGAGCCGGUGGCCUGUUCGGCAACCACGUCAGCUACUACCAAAGCGACAGCCGGAGCACCUUCCCCCAGACCUUCACCACCCAGCGCCCGCUGCACAUCAACAAGGCCACCAACAGCCCCGGCGGCACCGAGUCCCCGUCCCACGAGAAGCUGGUGGACUCCACCUUCACCCCCAGCAGCUACUCAUCCACCGGCUCCAAUGCCAACAUCAACAACGCCAACAACACUGCCCUGGGCCGCUUUCCCCGCCCCUCCCGCUACCCUGGCUCCGUCAGCGCCGUGGAGGGCCACGGGCCCCCCUUGUCUCCCGCCAUCCGGGUGCAGGAGGCGGCAUGGAAGCUCAGCUCCAGGAGGUGCCACUCCCGGGAGAGCCAGAUAGCCAUGGUGUGUCGGCAGGAGUUUUCUCAGGACGAGACCUACGACGUGCAGAGGGGUGACGACGCGGAGUACUGCAGCGAGCCCAGCCUGGUCUCCACAGACAAGCUCUCCUACCAGGAUGAGGAAAGCCGGCAGUUGGCACCGCCAGAGGACAGGAGGGACACCCGGCAAUCUCCAAAGAGGGGCUUCCUCCGCUCGGCCUCCCUGGGUCGGAGGGCCUCCUUCCACCUAGAAUGUCUGAAGCGACAGAAGAAUCAAGGGGGAGACAUCUCUCAGAAGACAGUCCUGCCCUUGCAUCUGGUUCAUCACCAGGCAUUGGCAGUGGCGGGUCUCAGCCCCCUCCUCCAGAGAAGCCAUUCCCCCACCACGUUCCCCCGGCCCUGUGCCACGCCCCCGGCCACGCCCAGCAGCCGCGGCUGGCCCCCGCAGCCCAUCCCCACCCUCCGGCUGGAAGGAACCGAGUCCACCGAGAAGCUCAACAGCAGCUUCCCAUCCGUCCACUGCGGCUCCUGGUCGGGGGAGCCCACGCCCUGCGAGGCGGGCAGCAGCGCCACGCGGAGAGCCCGGCCGGUGUCCCUCACUGUGCCCAGCCAGGCCGGGGCCUGGGGCCGGCAGUUCCACGGCAGCGCCAGCAGCCUGGUGGAAGCAGUCUUGAUUUCGGAAGGACUGGGGCAGUUUGCCCAAGACCCCAAGUUUAUCGAGGUCACAACCCAGGAGCUGGCUGACGCCUGCGACAUGACCAUCGAGGAGAUGGAGAGCGCCGCAGACAACAUCCUCAGCGGGGGCGCCCAGCAGAGCCCCAACGGCACCCUAUUACCUUUUGUUAACUGCAGGGACCAGGGGCAGGACGGAGCAGGGGGCGAGCAGCCCGGGCCCUGUGGGCCCAGCCAAGAGCCUCAGCAGAGCCAGGAGGAGCUGCAGGACAGCAGAGCCUAUGUCAGCAGCCUGUAGGAGCUGGGCUGGGAGAUGCUGGGUUUUUUAUUUGUCUCAAUGUUCCUAAAGGGUUCGUUUCAGAAGUGCCUCACUGUUCUCGUGACCUGGAGUUAACGGAACAGCGUCUUCAUUCAUUUCGUUGGGACAAGACACAGAGUUGGGUGGUAUGGAGAGUCAGCUUUUGGGGGGAAGGAAAAGCAGCAACCCCAGUUUGUGUCCAAGGAGGUAGAGUGGUGAGGAGAAGGAAGAGGAGGAGGAAGAGGUGAAAGGGUCAGGGAGGGAGUGAGAGAAGGCCUCCUGCCCUCCUGUGGUUUGGCAAGCCCUGUGCCAGGAACCAGCCUUCACCUUGGGCACUGGAGAGACCCUCUCAGCUUCCUGUGGCAGCCCCCACCAAAAAGGACCUUUGUCAAACGGGUGUCUUUCAACUUUGCUUGUACAAAACUCAUUUUGCACAUAUUGUGUACGAGCCUCACUGUCCCCAUAGAGCCAGGGCCCUGUGGAUCUGCAGAAGGAGGCAGGCGUGACUCCCACCCCACCCCUACCACAGAGGGAAGAGCCAGCAGCAGGGGGCCAGGAGCUGGGAGCCCGGAGGGAGGGCGCUCGGCAAGGAGGCAGCUGCCCCGCCCCCACUCCCAACCGCCCGCUGCCACCCACCUACAUCAGGAUCACCUUCCCCUCAGAGGAGACCAGCCCCAGCCCGGAAGUCCAGCCUGCGGCGAGGGGGGCGGCACUGCCCACAGGAAGGGGCAGCCAGCACUGGACAAAGCCAGGAGGAGCCGGUUCUGUUGAGCGCUCCUCUGUCCUGUGGUUUGACAUUUCUCUUGACAGCAUGUUGCAGUUUUCAUUUUGUUGUUUGGGGUUUUUUACUUUAUUUUCCUGGGAGGAGGGAGGAAGAGGAGUGUUUGCGAAGUUCAGUAGCCGCCCCCUCACUGUUUCCCUCUUGCAAAUGUAAACCGGGUCUAGUUGGAUGGUGUCAUUAAACGGGUGUGGCUUCCUUUUCCUACCGAGGGUCCUGGCAGCCACGUGGGAGAGUUUUACCGGAUGUUGUGUAUGCCCAGUAACUGAUAUGGUUUCCGUAGGUAGUAAACAUGGUUUUCGAUUGGUUUUGUAAUUUAAAGGUAAUCAGCAAUGCACUUCACAGGGUCUUGCACAGAUGGGUGAGUGAGGGGUGAGGGGUUCUCUCUCAAGCUGGGUGUAUGGGUGGCCGGAAGAGAGGAAGCGCGUUCGAGAGUCUCUGAGUGUGAUCCGCAUGUCGUGGGUUGUCUGUUUGCGUGUGUCAGCGUGUGUAUGUGCGCCCACGCAGGGGCCUGCACCCUGUGAGCGUGCAGCGCCCCGUUUCUGGGUUAACUGGGGGGAUCUGAAUCCAGGGCCAUUUGAGAGCAAAAACAAAUCACUGUCUCUGCUUCUGAAACAGGAAUCAGUAACUUUGCAUUUUCUGUCCCACAAGAUAUGCAAAAACAAUGCAAUAAUAUUCAUUUUAAAAAUACAAUUGUGAGUCUUGUUGGCAUUAAAACUGUAUUUUAAAAAAACACAGAAAUUUAAGGAAAAACUCAAGAAGGUGUUUUGCUUCUAUAUAUUCCGUGUAAUGUUUUAUUGCAUUGAUAAUGUUUCUGUUGAAGAAACCGUUAUACUUGAAUUCAGGUCAGUUUCAGUAUUUUACAAUUAUUUUUUUAAAAUUGAAUUGCAAUUGUGCCAAGCGAAUAUAAUGAAUUAAGUUUGUUUUUGAAUUCACCUCUUGUAUAUUUUGCUGCAUGUAAGUAAAUCAUUUUGUAUUUGGAGUGUGACAAGCUUUACCUUUGAACUCUUAAGUGCUUUUCUAUGUGUGGUUGGGGGAAGGGAGGCUUUUUUUUUUUUUUAGUUUGUACAAUGAGCAAAGGUUUCACCAGUGUAAACCAUUAUUCUGCUACCCACCAACAGGUUUGGACAUUACUGUUUUGCAUAUCUUGUGUUUGCUUCUGUUUCCCUCAACUUUCCCAAAACUAUAUGACAGACAUAUUUGUACUACAUCUCAUUUGAGAGACCAGGCCAUAUCUCACUCCAAUCGUCACUCCAUCUACUCUGCACCAGCUCUCUGUUUGGGUAUUUCUCUGGGAACAGCCCUUGCUGUGAGGGGUCGUGAGGCAUUCUGACUGGCUCUGUCCUCACUGCGCUAGCCUCUACAUACCCCAAAGGAGAGGAGGGGUGGCUGACUUUCCACUCCCACAGCAGUUUGCUCAAUGGUUUUUCAGAAAAGUAUCCACUGACCAAGAGGACAGGAGGAGAGUUGGGCUGGCAGGAGGGGAAGGACAUCCUGGCUCUGGCAACUGGUCUACCCAAACUCAGACAGCAGGGCCUAGAAAAAAUGUGUGUCCUUCCAAAAGUCAGCUCUGUCUUGCUCGUCUCUCCAUCUUUUCUUCAUUCUGGGACAGGACUUCCUGCCGAGCCCCGUGGUGUGUGUGGCAGCUGUGCAGGGGACCUCACAUAAGAGAUGCAGCAUCAGGGGCUCACAGGGGUGGUGGAACCAGGGGUUUUGUGGGAGCUUCUCUCAUGCCAGUUUGCAUCACCCUAUGAUGCUGCCCUCUGAGUAUAUUCCAGGAGUGAUGGUCAAAAAGGGGUGGCUUGGGGGAAACAGGACUCAACCGUUCAUCUGGCCUUUACCCAUCGGAUCUCUUCCAGUCCAUGUGCUCUCAGCCUUCUUGGCACUUAGAUACGCAAACUAGAUGUUCAAGUUGGGAAAGUCCAUUCCUCAAUGAAGAUGAGCUUUGUUUCCAUGAACUGAUUCAUGAACACAUGGAGAAAUGGGCCAGGAGCUCCCAGUUUAAUUCUAGUCUAAAACCAGAAGAGUUUCUUCCCGUUUCUCCAAGCCCAACCCAUCCAAACUUUCUUGAUUCCAUCUCAGUGCCAUUAACGUCUUCUAGACUUUAGGUUUAGGGGUUACCCUGUGUCUAGUUUCCCAAAAUGCCUGCCACUGUGCCCCUAAGAUGUCAGUUAUGAUAGAGAAGGGAGCCCUUUUAGAUUGAUAUCUGGUUCUUACUGUACACUUGAUCCCUAGAUAAAAUUUGGAAUAUUAAUUCACACACACAUAUACACACACACACACACACACACACACCCUUUUCAUGCUGCACUCUAUUUUUUUCCUUUUGGACUUUUCAUCUGCAUCGCCACAGCUCAUUGGCCAGCAGCAUGAGCCACAGGCUGGCUUGUUCCAGCUACUCCCAGGGCCCUGCCUAAGUAUGGCCCCUUGUUUUUCUCCACUUUCCCCAAAGGCUCCCUUCUUUACAGUCCACUUUGUUCAGAAGACCAGCUGGCCUUUCUCCCUGCCCCAUGAGACCAGUGCCAGCAUCAGCCGUAACCAGGGCACCUUGCCCUGCGCUGCUGUGAAGGAAAGGAGCUUCAGAGGACAGCGCCCAGUCUAGGGUCUUUCUGAACCUGACCUCAUGCUGGACUCGUGCAGGAUGGACAUUUGGUGCCUGCCAUCAUCACAGACUAGUAAAAUCUGUUGUGAAAGCAAUGACCCUCAUCCACCGUAUGCUGGCUGAUGUAGAACUUUCCCCAUGACCUUGUGAAGCAAAGUGGUAGAAUCUUCUGAAAACCUUGGGGCAGCAAGAGAAAAGCAGACAGUGCUGAGUGAGGACUGGAAGGGCCUCUUAAGUUCUGGGUUUGGGUGCACUUUGUUUUUAUUUUCUUCUGAUUAGCCCAGCCUUUUUUAUAUCCAGACCUUGGUCCAUUACCAAUUAUUACUCGUGUGCAUGGCUCCGUUAAGCAGAGGGGUUAGAAGAUUCUUUUGGGUCUGGAGGUAAAAGGAGACUUUUCCCCUAGAUUUUGGCUUGAUUCAUGAAUUUUUCUCUGCUUUGCUUUAGAAGCUAUUAGUUACAGUCCCUUCCUCAGCCUCUAGUCUGAUAGACAUCCCUCUGGACAAAGGAGCAAGACUUCCUUACUCAGUCUCCUUCUCCUCUGAGCCCUGCUCUCCAGUCUCAGGAGGUUGUUUGCAGUGCAACUGCCUGUCACUUCCGCAUGGCCAUGGCCUUGGGAUCCUGCUUAGCCUGCUCUGGGCAUAGUCGGCAACCAGGGGAGAAGUGUGCCUCACUACCUCAGCAAUGACUUUCUGAGAAAUAAGCACCUGAAGAGGAGGAGUUUGGAAGUCACCAAAAGGGUGAUGGUUGUUUUACAGAGGCCCGUCCUUCCUAAAGGCCAAGGAAUAGAACGAGAACUUGAAUUAGGCCUAAGGAGCCCAGGCAGUCAGCGUUUUAGCCAGAAUCAGACCUGUUGCUAAGGAAGAUGACAGCCUCCAUCCCUACCAGGCCCGGAGAAUUGAAAUAUCAUCAUCUAAGUGUUAGAAGCAGUUUAGCAAAGAGACCAAGAGAAAGGGCAGCUGGUUUUAGAAGGACCUCUUUCCACGCCAGGGGAGUAAAAAACGUGCUGAUAGAGGCCAGGCCAGUUCCGAUUUUAAAGACAUGGCUCUGGACUGGGGAGAGUGUAAGCACAGAGAGAACUGGAGGAGAAAUGGGGCAAAGGGGCAUGUUUUGACUUCCUGUGUCUGUUCCCAUGUUAUGGAAAGAAGUGUCCAAUUCGGCCACUCACAAUGGCCACAGAGAGGCCCAUGUCUUGAGGAUCUACAGUGGAAGAAGAUAAAAGUAGAAAUUUUUUUCUCACAUUGUUUCCCAACCAAAUCAAAGUAAUCUGGCUAGAUGUGGGGUGCCUGUCACCCUGUCCUUCCCUCUCUGCAGAUGUCCCCACCCUCGUGUUAGCCAGUGCACUACUGAAGCAAGCCCCAGUCAGAGGCAGGGGUGAGACUCGCAGUCACCACCGCCCAGCUUCUCCAGCACACAGCUGAGGAGGCAUGAGGGAAGGCGGUGAGGGAAGGAUGUGUCCUGCAACUGUUGGGGGCUCUGUCCCCUUCCCUACGCAGCUCUCUCUGUUUCAGCCUCCUGUCCCAACCCCCUAGGCCCUCUUCUCCCCCCCUCCCCACAAGUCUAUUGAGACAGAAUAAAAGGAGUCCCGAGAGCAAUUCUCACAUAGUUUUUUUGUGAAGCCAUUUCUGGUGUUCACUUUAUUUAUUUAUUUAUUUGUGUAUUUAUUUAUUUAUUUUUCAAAGCAAUGAAGCCAGAUACCAACACAACAGGCAAACGGAUGCCUGCCGGGUUUCCACAUUGUCGGGAAGACAUUUGAACACGUACACAUACAUACACAAAUACACAUACACACACAAAUAUACUCACACACUCAUAUACUCACACACUCAUAUACUCACACACAUAUACACUCACACACACACCAAUAUCCUUGAGGGACAAGUGCUGGUGCCAGGGCUGAGCGCUAGACAAUGAUUUGUCUCUGCCCAGAAGGGGAGAGGGUGGAAAUAGUGCCAUCUGAACCUAACAUGACUGGGAAUGUAAACAUCUUAAUUCAUCUACGCUAGGAAAAUGCUGCUCCUCCUAGAAUCAAGACCUCUUCCUCACAGGAUUUUAAGAGGCUCAGCUCCCAUCAGCUGAGGGGAAAGACCUCUGCUUUUUGGUGGAUUGGGAAAGCACGGACUCUGUCUCUGGAAGGGAACUCAAGACCACGCUAGACUCUCCCUUCUAAGUUAAACUCACAACCAAGAGUAGAGGCAGAGUUACGAUUGUUCUCUACUAAAUUAAGGAAGACAACGACUGUAUAAUUAAACAAAAGCUUGAAGUGUCACACCACCAGAGUCAAAUAUCCUUCACUCCAAGGAUGCUGGCCUUUUCACAGGUGUGCUCCCUGCUGUGGGCAGCCCAUGCUCCUUGUUUUCAGAAUCUAAAUCAUCUCAUUUGUAUCAGGCUCCUAGAAAGGGCCAUGACACUUAAUAACCAUGAAUUGGUCAUUUGCUACACAUCUACCAUCUAAAAGUCACUCGCACGACUCAUAAAUAGGAAAAUGCCAUUAUCAAACACAAAGUCCUUGGAGGGAAAAGUGAGGUGAUUUCUAUGUGAGGAAAUACAGAAACGGACAGAAUAAUUCCUGUUCACAGUUUGGGCCUGAGAACUCGUGCUCUGAUGUUUGCACCACCCUCGUGUUUAGAAGCUGGGAGUGAGGAACGGGUGAGCAGACAUCAGCCUUGGCAGUGGCGCUGCUACAGGAGCCUGAGGACUGCACAUUUCAAAGCCCCUCCCCCUUCCUACCCCCAGGAAGUCCCCCGAGCCUGCAGCCGGAGGAGAGGAGAGAAGGCCACUUGCUAUAGAGCCACAGGAAGAAGUAGAGGAUGCGCACUGAGCCCUGGCCCAACCCCUUCCUCUAAGGACUCCCAACAUGGAGAAACUUACUGAGGCUUGAAAGGAGAAAACAAAACUUGAAAGCCACGGAUAGAUGGCAUUAAGCCAAUAAUCCUGUGCAAAGGGCUCCUUCAGAAGGCAACUCAACGCUGUGGGCGCCUCUCUGCCUGCUCAAGCCACACAUCACACAUUGGCCACGUCCAUUCCCCACACGUGGACUCCAUCUCUGACUCCCCACCCAGGAUAUGCACCACCCAGGGCAUAGCUGGUCUCCCUGUGCCUGGGGGAACAGGGCCUAGCACACAAGUAGGCUGUGGGUGUCAAAGGCAUACACAGGAUUUGCAGCCUGGGAUGGAAAAACACACACAUUUAUUAAGAAAUAGGGUGGCAGGUCCCCAGUUGGUGAACCACUGGAAAGUCUAUUACUCUCAUAAUUUUCCCAUUUUAUUUUAAUCCCAGCGGUACCAAGCAAGACUUCCCUUCAUGUAAGGAGCUCCAGGUCCAGCCCGCCCAUCCAUCCCUCUUCUCCUCACAUCCUCCAUCCUCUCGCUCAGGCCAACCUUCAUACCCCCAAACCAAGCUGUGUCAUGCUUGUUCUCAGAGAGAUGCAGAAAGAUGGACAGUGCCUCCAUGGUCACCCCAAUGCCUGUCAUCACCCCCGCACAUCUGCACACCCCACCCCUUCCCCUCCAGGCUCCACGGAUUUGCAGUCUUACUAUUGUAAAUACUGUUGUACAGUUUGUAAUCAUCAAAUAAUCCCGUUGUCAGAGGCCUCGCCUGCUGCGCCUUCUCGCCCUUGAGAAAGGCCAGGGAAUCUACAAGGGGCGACCUUUCCAGAAGAGCUUCAGGGUGAUGAUCUCUGUGUGAGACGCUAUGUAUAUUCCUGUAAGAUUGCAUUUUUAUCUGAGGAAUAAUGUUAUUUAAAAAAGCAAAAACAAAAACAAAAAAAUAAGAAUUGCAAAUAAAUUUCUUAAAAACAUC